ACGUGAUGAUUCAUUAGUGAUCUUUUGACCCUGUCCACCCUCCUCUGGUGGUGAUCAUUACCAGCUCAGUACAGUAAAGCAGCCCACAAAUAAAAUUAUAGAAGCACUCUGCAUUGUACCCCUAACCUGGCGUGUAUCCUCAGACUAUUGUCUAGCGUGUAUGGCCGUUGAAUCUCUGGAGGAAUCUUGGGCACUAAUUGUGGGGAUGGAAGAGAGUCGAGAGUCGCCUAAUGUGGCCAUCUCCGACGGCAAUAAUAUCAGAGAAGAUUGGAAUGAAGCCAGCAGACUUCUCUACCAGUCCGGCUAUUUCAAGGUUGUCAAAGAGAUGGCCUUGUCUGGGCAGCUGCAACAGUACAACAUCCGUAGCGUCUGUUGGAGGCUGUUUCUCGGUUGUCUACCUGAGGACCAGAACAAGUGGGAAGAGGCAGUAAAGAAAGCAAGAGACGUUUUCACUACCAUAAAGACCAAGCACAUCAUUGAUCCCCACAAGCUUGCGUCUGGCAAAAAUCUAGCCGUGCACAACCCACUCUCUCUGGAAGACGAUAGCCCAUGGAACCGGUAUUUCCAGGACAACGAACUGCGGCAGAUGAUUAAUCAAGACGUGGUGAGAACGUUCCCUGAUGUGCAAUUCUUCAAGCAACCUCACAUCCAAAAAAUGCUGGUGGAUCUGUUGUUCUGUUUCUCGCGAGAGAAUGAGGAGCUCAGUUACAGACAAGGCAUGCACGAGAUCCUGGCACCCAUAGUGUUUGUCCUUCACGCUGAGAUGAGGGAUUUAAAUGACCCUACCCUGGCACCUGCAGUGUUGUCAGUGAUGGACCCUCGAUUCAUCGAGCAUGAUGCCUACACAAUAUUCGCUGAGUUGAUGGAGAGUAUGGGCUCAUGGUACAUGUCCACUGCCCUCGAGGCUGACUACUACAAGGCCAGGGCUCAGCACAAGAAGAAAAUGUCACACGACCCACGGACCAAUAAACCCUUUCAGGGUAUGGCCGACCUGUCUCCUAUGUCUGCAAUCUCUCGCAAGCUUGGUGUGAUCCAUAACCUUCACCUGAAGAAUGCUGAUGAACAACUUUACACUCACCUCAAGGAGCUCUCCAUCCCUCCACAGACCUACGGCAUUCGUUGGAUUCGGCUGUUGUUUGGUCGUGAGUUCCCAUUGCCCAGUGUCCUGGAGUUGUGGGAUGCCCUGCUUGCUGAUGGGCCAUCCCUCGGACUGGUCGACUACAUGUGUGUUGCCAUGCUCAUGCACAUGAGGGACGUCUUGACUGGAGGGGACUACUCCACGUGUAUGCAGUACCUGAUGCACUUCCCCCCAGUGUAUGAGGUCAACUAUCUCGUACAAAGGGCACUGCACCUCCGGAACCCUAGUGUGUAUCCCUCCCCACGGAUAUGGUCCCAUAAUCCUGCGGCCCAGGCCACCUACUCACUAGGCUCCACCCUUCCCCUGUCAUCGUCAACGGAUACCAACUCACAGCAGCACAGUGUACAACACAGAUCACACAAGGUGAGCAGUGUGAAGCAGGUCAUCAAGCACACGGCUGCAAGAAUGAGUCGACCUGUCUCCUCUGCUCCUCGUCUAGAGUUCCAUGGAAAGUCUAGAUCUCGAAGCCCGUCUCCCGUUAACCACACCCCUAUAAACCACCCUCUGCAAAUGCCCGAUGACGUACCCAGUAAAAAGGGGCGUGGUCGAGUCAUUGGCAGUAUGAAAAAAGAUCUUGUCAAGAGCACUAGCAAAGAAAUGAGAGAGAAUCCAAAGUCUUCCCCUUUUACUGGUGUUUCAUCGAGCAAGUUGGACAAACUGAGUAAUCGAAUUGACGACCUCCAGGCCAAGUGUCUAUACUGUGGAGGGAAGGCUGACUCCUUUAUUGCCUCGUUACAGACUGAGAUUGUCAAAUUAGAGGGGCUGUCCCCUGAAACUGAGAACACCAUUCUGCUCUCACUGGCAGGACUAAAACAGGUUCGUGACCUGCUACUGAACAAGAUCCCCUUCUCAGGAGAACUAGCACCAGGAUGGGAGAAUGUUCAGGGGUCAAGGUCCAACCUAGAGGAUAGUCAUGACAGUUCUGAUGGCUCCUCAACCAAUCUGGACAGUUUCACACUCUCAAAACUCGCCUCCAAGAGUUCCCCACUUUCUGACAACGACGCCGUUUCUAAAGAUAGCACAAGAACUAAUAAUAUCGAUCACCCCUUACAAAGAAGCUUAGAGGUGGGCACAGAGGUGCUUGCUGACGAGGGAGUACCGUCCCGGGAUACACACCCCCUUUUGAACUCUGGAGACUAGGUAUAGAGCAUGCAGACUACAGCAGGGUAAUGUCAGGUUGGUAUUGUACAGUGUUGUGUGUUUGUUUUGUUUAAAGUUGCGUAUGUUUUUGUUGGCACAGUUAAGUUUUAUACACAUAUAAAAUAAACAUUUGUGAAAUAAAAA